CAUAUAAGUGAUAUCAUAUAGUAUUUUUCUUUCUCUUUCUAGCUUACUUCACUUAGAAUGACAUUCUCUAGGUCCAUCCAUGUUGCUGCAAAUGGCAUUAUUUUAUUAAUUUUUUAUUGCUGAGUAUUAUUCCAUUGUAUAAAUAUACCACAACUUCUUUAUCCAAUCAUCUGUCGAUAGACAUUUAGGUUGUUUCCGUGUCUUGGCUAUUGUAAAUGCUGCUGCUGUGCACAUUGGGACACAUGUAUCUUUUUCAAUUAAGUUUCCCUCUGGAUAUAUGCCCAGGAGUGGGAUUGCUGGAUCAUAUGGUAAGUCUAUUUUUAGUCUUUUGAGGGAUCUCCAUGCUGUUUUCCAUAAUGGCUGCACCAAACUACAUUCCCACCAACACUGUUGGAAGGUUCCCUUUUCUCCACAGCCUGUCCAACAUUUAUUGUUUGUGGACUUUUGAAUGAUGGCCAUUCUGACUGGUGUAAGGUGAUACCUCAUUAUAGUUUUGAUUUGCAUUUCUCUGAUAAUUAGCAAUAUUGAGCAUUUUUUUCAUGUGCCUAUUGGCCAUUUGUGUGUCUUUAUUGGAGAGUUGCUUGUUUAGGUCUUCUGCCCAUUUUUGGAUUGGGUGGCUUGUUUUUUUGUUAUUAGGUUGCAUGAGCACACUGUGCUUCUAAUAAAGUCAGUUUUUUUGCAGAGAGAGCUUUGGUGCUCUCUGUUUUAUGACCUACCUCUCCCCUGGGCAGAGUCUCUGAGCCACAACUCUGGAGCUGGGGGCAAGGAUAGUGGCACCUGUCUCUGAAUGUCACUGCUGCCUUAUAAAGAAGGCAGUAGCCUCUGGCCUUGCUGGCUUGCCUCUCCCAGUGUGGAGCCUUCUCCUUAGGAAUGAGCUGGGACUUUAGCAGUUGGGCUCUAGUAUUGCCAGCCUGCUGGAGCUGAGUUAGAACUUCUGCCCUAGGAGUAGGAGCUGGUGAAAGGAGGGAAACCAGCCUCUCUGCUACACUCAGCUGGGAUUUAGCCUCUACACUAUGGAGCUGGAAGUGGAACUCCACUAAAUGAGUUUUAGUCUAAACUAUGGAAAAAGAAAGCAAGAAAGAAACUUUUGGAAUUCAGAAUUUUAAAAUUUUAAACUGGAGAUAAGGGAUAGUGAGCCUAUGUUAAUAUUUCCACCAGACAGUCUUGGAAGAGGUUGCAUAUUUUAAGGCCUAGCAAGGUCUGGGAUGCGUACACAGGUGGUCUGGCUCCAGAAUUUGCCUUGCUUUAACCUCUGCUGGACCAUGGGGGCCUCCAGGACAUGACCCUGUGGUUUCCAGUUUAUGUUUCUCUAACCUCCAAGGUGCAGGCGACUGGGUGCAGGCAAGCAGACAUUUGUAUACCUUUUCCCCACAGGUACUGGUGGGCCCACGGCCUCCAUGUCUAAAGCAGAGCGUGGGUCUGGAGUAGGCGUGGCUCUCUUCUGCAGCCUCUUUGGGGCCACAGGACCAGGUGCUGUUUGAGUGACAUACUGUUCUGUACUCUGCCCCUCAGGGGCUCCUGUGCUGGACAUGCCUGUGCCCACAGAGGGCACCCCGCCACCCCUGAGUGGCACCCCGGUCCCAGUCCCAGCCUACUUCCGCCAUGCAGAACCUGGCUUCUCCCUCAAGAGGCCUGGGGGGCUCAGUCGGAGCCUCCCGCCCCGGCCCCCCGCCAAGGGUAGCAUCCCUGUCAGCCGCCUCUUCCCUCCUCGGACCCCGGGCUGGCACCAGCCCCAGCCCCGGCGGGUGUCCUUCCGAGGGAAAACCUCCGAGCCCCUGCAGAGCCCCGUGUAUGACCCGAGCCGGCCAGAGUCCUUCUUCCAGCAGAGUUUCCACAGGCUUGGCCGCUUGGGCCAUGGCUCUUACGGAGAGGUCUUCAAGGUGAGUCAGGUGCGCUCCAAGGAGGAUGGCCGGCUCUAUGCAGUGAAGCGUUCCAUGUCACCAUUCCGGGGCCACAAGGACCGGGCCCGCAAGCUGGCUGAGGUUGGCGGCCAUGAGAAGGUGGGGCAGCACCCGCGCUGCGUGCGGCUGGAGCAAGCCUGGGAGGAGGGCGGCCUCCUGUACCUGCAGACAGAGCUGUGCGGGCCCAGCCUGCAGCAGCACUGUGAGGCCUGGGGGGCCGGCCUGCCUGAGGCCCAGGUCUGGGGUUACCUGCGGGACACCCUGCUCGCCCUGGCCCACCUACAUGGCCAGGGCCUGGUCCACCUUGAUGUCAAGCCCGCCAACAUCUUCCUGGGGCCCCGGGGCCGCUGCAAGCUGGGUGACUUUGGGCUGCUGGUGGAGUUGGGUGCAUCCGAAGCUAGCGAGGCCCAGGAAGGAGACCCCCGCUACAUGGCCCCUGAGCUGCUUCAAGGCUCUUAUGGGACAGCGGCCGACGUGUUCAGUCUGGGCCUCACCAUCUUGGAAGUGGCAUGCAACAUGGAGCUGCCGCAUGGCGGGGAGGGCUGGCAGCAGCUGCGCCAGGGCUACCUGCCCCCGGAGUUCACUGCUGGCCUGUCUUCUGAGCUGCGUUCUGUCCUCACCAUGAUGCUGGAACCUGACCCCAAGCUGCGGGCCACGGCCGAGGCCCUGUUGGCCCUGCCCAUGCUCAGGCAGCCGCGGCCCUGGAGCGUCCUGUGGUACAUGGCUGCCGAAGCCCUCAGUCGAGGGUGGGCCCUGUGGCAGGCCCUGCUGGCCCUGCUGUGCUGGCUCUGGCAUGGGCUGGCUCACCCUUCCAGCUGGCUGCAGCCCCCUGGUCCGCCGGCCACCCCGCCUGGCUCGCCACGCUGCAGCCUCCUCCUGGACAGCAGCCUCUCCAGCAACUGGGAUGAUGACAGCACAGGGCCCGCGCUCUCUCCAGAGGCCAUCCUGGCUAGGGCCUCCGGGAGCACCUCCACCCCCUGCAGUGGCUCCCCUGCCCCCCGGAGCAGGUACACGCUGAGGGAUGCUCUGGAUCUAAGUGACAUUGACUCAGAGCCCCCUCGGGGCACCUUCCCCUCCUUUGAGCCUCGGAACCUCCUCAGCCUGUUUGAGGAUUCACUGGGCCCAGCCUGAGCCUGUGGGCUCAAGCUCGGCACUUUUAACCUUUUAGCUCCUCCCCUCCAUCUUCCUGGAGGUUGGGGUCCCUCUGGAAAGUGGGUCCCUUCUGCCUGGCCAUGUCUAAUAAAAGGUAUUUGAAUCUCGGGA